AUGCUGCGUGAAGACACAGAGCAUCCGUUGUCGUGCCACGUCUUUGCCUUGAUCCGAAUUGGUCAAGGUGCAUUUCUGGUCGCAGGAGCAAGCGACGUCUUUGCGAAAGCGAAACGAAGAGCUGUGCAGCUUCAGCUUCAAUCAGAGAAGAAAUCUCUGCAACACCGGGCAACUUGGGCCAAGAGAAAGCACGACUUGGACACAACUUGGACAGAAUGGACAAGCGCGUGGCGACACAAUGGCGACACAAUGGCGACACUGAAGUGGACAAAGACUCUGACCGACACUGACCGACGAUCUGAUACUCAGAAUACAUUCGAGGUGAAGGAGCUGGAAGAGGCUCUGGAAAAGCUCAAAACACAGAUGGACGAGGCAUUCGCCGCACUCGUGAAAAGUCAAGCCGAAGAAGCCGCGAAACUCGCUGCAGAUAGCAGCAAGAUGAUUGUCGAAACAGAAAGCUUGAAAAGCAUGUCGCAGUCUUUAGAGGACAAGAACACCCAGAUCGAACAGGUCCAAGCUGAACUAAGCUCCUUGAAAUCAGCUUCAGCAGAACAACAGGAAGAACUGCAGAAAGCUGAAAGUCGUUAUCAGCAGCUGCUGCAAAACACCGCGAUGCAGUCCACUGGAAUGCCUGGAGCCGCACCUCGAGCGCAGACCAAGCGUCAAACUGGACAGCGCAACGUCUUCAUUCAGCUUGCUGGAGCGCAGAGCACCGGAAAGACGUCCUUGCUUGAAUCUUUGAUCUCAGAAUACGAUCCUCAGCAGCUUCCAAAGUUCAACGAGCAGAAGACCAACUUUUUGGCUCAUCAUCAGGUCAAGGUGGGGGAGAAGACCAUCGCUGUUUUGGAUUGCUCCGGAAACUCCAGGGCAGCACAUUUGGUGAAAGAGCGCUUUAACCGCUCCCUUUGGGUCUUUAUUGUCUACGACCUGGCAAAAAAGGAGUCUCUUGACUACGCUUUGGCCCUCAUGCAGGAGGUCUUGGCAGGGACCAAAGGGACCAAAACCGGAAAAGAUGAAACUCGGGAGACCUGGGGAGACCUGGGGCCCACAGCGCUGGCGCCAGACCACUUCUCUUUGGCAACAAGUCCGGGAAUGCAGCCUUCUCGCUUGAACGUACGCUUUGUUGAUGUGGCCGCAGCCAAAGAUGCUGCUGUCCGAGCUGAAGGACAAGCAAUGGAAAGUUCAAGUCUCAUGGAUGCUGUGAAGUUUGCAAUCAGCUCUGAGGAAGCAGCUGUGGAUGGUCAGGGUGUGGAGGCAGUAUCCCCCGAUGGCAAGCGUAGUUCAAUUUCCAAGGCAAUUGAUUCUAUGAAGUCCUGGUUCGGUCAAGAUAGACCAAAGGGCUCUAAAGGAGUCUUGAGGCCUUCGUUGAAGGGCACCAAGGGAAUUAAGCAGGUCCUGAAAGAAGGUGACCUACACCUUAGACCUGCCCAGGAAUUGCAAGAUUCUGAAUCUGCGGUCACCUGUAUUUGCUUUGGCCAGGAGCGUUUGCACAAGGGCUACUUACUUUUGGCCACUGCUUCCAAGGACGGCACUGUUGUGGUAUAUCGCUGCUACAGAACAGAGAUGGAGAUUGCCAUGCUGGCCGACCAAGACUUUUCCUCAACAGCUGGAGACCCUCUUGAAACUCCACCAGCAGACCAGUCAAAAGUCGCUGUCCACUCCCGGCUUGUAGGUCACGCCCGAGCCAUCACUUCGCUAUUUUUCACCCUGUUGGAAGAUCAGCUGGUGACUACAUCAAUCGACAAGUCAGUGCGCUUUUGGAGUGUCGAUUCUGGAGAGAUGCUCAAGGUCUUCACAGACUCCUCGCCAGUUCCUGUGGCAACCUUUCUACCCUUCAACCCACAGGUGUUCGUCGCGGCCAAUUCCAAUGCAGUUUUGCGACUGGUCCACGUAGCCAAUGGAACUGUCUUGCAAAAGCUGAAGGUUGAGACCGAAGUGAGAGCGCUGAAGUUCGAUGAUACGGGACUCUUCCUGCUGGCUGGUACCAAGAGUGGAAGUAUUCAUGUCUUGGAGGCCGCUGACUCGUCGACCCUGAAGUUCAAAUUCAAG